CCUGCUCUGCUGCCCACCAGGACCGACUGCCUCCAUGUCACUGUGCAGGUCGUGGGGUGGGUGAGUCAGCUUCCAGGACUAAAGGUAGCUGGGCCACUAGUUGCCUCCCUGUGUCGCCCCCUGGCCUGCUGACUGCCUGUGCUCUCUGUUCCAGGUGCUGGGGAGUCGGGGAAGAGCACCAUUGUCAAGCAGAUGAAGAUCAUCCAUGAGGACGGCUACUCAGAGGAGGAAUGCCGGCAGUACCGGGCAGUCGUCUACAGCAACACCAUCCAGUCUAUCAUGGCCAUUGUCAAAGCCAUGGGCAAUCUGCAGAUUGAUUUUGCUGACCCCUCCCGUGCGGACGACGCCAGGCAGCUGUUUGCGCUCUCGUGCACGGCUGAGGAGCAGGGCGUGCUCCCCGAGGACCUGUCCGGCAUCAUCCGGAGGCUCUGGGCUGACCACGGCGUGCAGGCCUGCUUCAGCCGCUCCCGGGAGUACCAGCUGAACGACUCCGCUGCCUACUACCUGAAUGACCUGGAGCGCAUCGCACAGAGUGACUACAUCCCCACCCAGCAGGACGUGCUACGGACCCGUGUGAAGACCACGGGCAUCGUGGAGACGCACUUCACCUUCAAGGACCUACACUUCAAGAUGUUCGACGUGGGCGGCCAGCGGUCUGAGCGUAAGAAGUGGAUCCACUGCUUUGAGGGUGUCACUGCCAUCAUCUUCUGCGUUGCCUUGAGCGCCUAUGACCUGGUGCUAGCAGAGGAUGAGGAGAUGAACCGAAUGCACGAGAGCAUGAAGCUGUUUGACAGCAUCUGUAACAACAAGUGGUUCACGGACACGUCCAUCAUCCUCUUCCUCAACAAGAAGGACCUGUUUGAGGAGAAGAUCACACACAGCCCCCUGACCAUCUGCUUCCCGGAGUACACAGGGGCCAACAAGUACGAUGAGGCCGCCAGCUACAUCCAGAGUAAGUUUGAGGACCUGAACAAGCGCAAGGACACCAAGGAGAUCUACACACACUUCACGUGUGCCACUGACACCAAGAACGUGCAGUUCGUGUUUGAUGCCGUCACUGAUGUCAUCAUCAAGAACAACCUGAAGGACUGCGGCCUCUUCUGAGGGGCAGCGACCUGUGAGGAUGGGCCGCCGCGAAUCUGCUCCCCCCAGUUCCUGAGGAAGAUGGGGCAAGAGGACCACACACUCCCCACCUGCCCCUCCCCAGCCGCUUUUCCCCUCUUUCUCUGUUCUUGGCUCCCCCUGUCGCCUCCCUCAGCUCCGGAGACUUGGGGGAGGGGUUGCCACAGGCCUCCCUGUUUGAAGCCCACCUUUGUCCCAGGUGCUGGGAACAGCGGGGGUAUUCCCUUCCUGGGUAUCUGUCCUGGAUUUAACCCUUGUCUUGUCCUGUGACCCGGGAGGGGAACAUCCAGAUCCGUGUCUGAGGGGCACGUAUUUCUUCAGCCUGGGACCCCCGGCUUCGCCCAGCACCAGCCCCUGACCCAGCCCAAGUCCAGAUGUUUACAGGGAGCCUCCUGCCCACCCCACCCCUCAGCCGCUCGGAGGCCCCAAAGGAAAAGCACAAGAAGUGUGAGACGCCACCAUUCCUCAGACCACAGUCCAUCUGCUCAUUCUCGUAGCUUUUUAAAAAAAGGAAAGGAAAGGAAAAAAAAAAUUGCAAACCUAGAAAACUUUUUAGAGAAAAAACUAUUUAAAACCAUCCGAUCCUGACCAGCUCCCACCCAGCCCCAUUCCAGUGAUUCCGUGCCUUGAGUGUGUCUGCGUGUUUACACCCAUCCCUCUGCUGGCUGUCCCUGUGCGGGCAGCGACCCUGCCCUGCCCCCACACAGUCGGGCUCCAGGAGCUGUUCUGGACAACUGCCAAUGGGAGGGCCUGCCCCAGUGGCCCUGGGCCCCAGCUCCAUUAACCUACAUGUAGCCCCUUAGCGCUAACCUAGGAACCGUUGCUGCCUGCUGAGGGGUCCUGCCCCUCCUGCCCUCCCCCCAGGUUGGGUCCUUCAGCGUUGAACACUUCCUUGCUUUUUUCACGUUUUAUGGAAUUGUUCACCUGGUUUGAAAUAAUAAAAUGUAGAAAGAAAAAUA